AUGUCGUGUAUCAAACCGUUCGUCAAUCGUAGAAAACAUCCUGAUCUUAUUCGCUUAAAUGCAAAUAUGUUAUGUGAAAUGAUGGAGGAAAAAACAGGAAAUUUAAUACUGAUCGAUUGCCGUUAUUCAUUUGAAUUUAAUGGUGGUCAUAUUAAAGAUGCCAUUAAUUUAUAUACAGAAGAUAUGAUUCGUGAUUUUUUUAAUGAUAUGGUUAUUAGUCAAAAAGAGGUUGACAUUGUUUUUCAUUGUGAAUUUUCUGGUGAACGUGGUCCUAAAAUGAUGAGAUUAUUUCGUCAAUUAGAUCGUGAAUAUAAUUUUGAUAUGUAUCCAAAAUUAUUAUUUCCGAAAUUAUUUUUAUUAGAUGGGGGUUAUUAUGAAUUUUUCAAAUUCCGAUCGUCAUUUUGUAAUCCACCAAGUUAUGUUCCUAUGUAUUCAUCCGAACAUGUAACAGAAUUAAAAAUAUCUCGUUCAAAUAAAAUGUCAAAGAAAUUUAUCAAAAGUGAUAUUAAAACAUUUUCACCGAUUAAAUUAUUUGGAACGAUUUUAUUAUUCAUCGAACAGUAUUUUGUUGUAUAA